UACAAACAGAAAAAAAUAAAACAAGAUAUACAAAUGAUAAUAGUUAUAAACAAAUACCAAUUAUAUAUAGUAAAGAACAAGAAAUGUUAUAUCAAAUUACAAAUAAUAUUAUUAUUCAAAUCUCCAAUACUA